CAGGUGUUCAAUCUGUGUUUGUAUGAGUAUAAUCAUGAACUCUAAUCUCACUGUACUAGUCGCUCAGCACAGCACGUCACCACCUCUCUGUUCUGGAAUACUUAGGUUGCAAAGUAGCGGGGUACCAGAAUCGUGACUAUCAACAAACCGGACCAUUUCAAUGGCGAUUAUUAUUGCCGCAUGCACUCUUAUCAUUAUCUUAGCCAGCGUCUGGAUAGUGAAACAACGCUAUCAGGCUGCAAGGCGGUUGCCGUUACCGCCUGGACCGCCUGGACGUUGGCUAUUAGGAAAUGUGAUGCCAAAGUCAUAUGCACCGUUUCAAUUCGCGAAAUGGACAGAACAAUACGGACCUGUGUUCUCGCUCAAACAAGGCCAUAGGAUUUUCGUAAUUAUAGGACGUCAUCAGGCUGCGGUAGAUAUCAUGGAAAAAGAGGGAGCAAAUCUUGCCGACCGCCCACGUUCUAUUGCGGCGCACGAGACGUUGUCUGGCGGGUUGGGAGUGUUAUUUCAGGGCUCUGGUGAGAGAUUGCGCCGGCUGCGCAGGGUCUUGCAUGCAGGCCUGCAACCCAAGGUUGCGGAGACCUACGAGCCCAUGCAGAUCAGGCAUGCGAAGAAUUUGGUUCUAGAUGUCUUGAAUGAUCCAAAAAACCACCAAGGUCAUGCCAUGCGUUAUUCAGCUUCGGUGGUCAUGUCCUUCACCUAUGGAAAAAUUACUCCGACUUCAUAUACAGAUCCUGAAGUUGUUGCCAUCAAUAAGGCUCUUGCGCGUUUUGGUCAAGUUAUCCAGCCGGGUGCAUACCUUGUGGAUACGUAUCCAAUCCUACGAUUCGUCCCUGGCUACCUGAGUCAGCUGAAGGCAUGGCACAAAGAAGACCUUGCUCUCUGUAACAGGCACUUGGACACAGUGCGAAGGCAGAUGUGUGAGGGGACGGCAAGGCCAUCCUUUGCGAGGUUCAUGUUAGAGCACCAGAAACAGUACCAACUCGAAGAUCAGGAACUGGAAUACCUUGCAGGAGGGAUAUUUGGGGCCGCUUCUGAUACGACUGCGUCCGCAAUCACAUUUAUGAUAAUGGCUGCUGCCUGUCACAGGGAUGCGCAGGCUCGCGUACACGAGGAACUCGAUAACGUCGUGGGGCGUACUCGGCUGCCGACGUUUGCUGAUCAGGAAAUGCUGCCGCAGGUCACCGCGUUCAUGUUCGAGAGUCUCAGGUGGAGACCUGUCACUCUUGGAGGCUUGGCGCAUCGUGCGACUAAGGACAUCGUUUGGAAGAACUACCUGAUUCCGGCAGGUGCGACUGUGAUUGGCAACCAUUGGGCUAUUGCAAACGAUCCUGAAGUCUUCCCGGAACCACACAGGUUCAAUCCUCAGCGUUGGAUUGACGAUGCGGGUCGUGUGCGCGGUGAUCUCAGGUUUUUCACUUUUGGCUUUGGCCGUCGAGUAUGUCCUGGUCAACAUGUCGCGAAUCGGUCAAUCUUCAUCACCACGGCUCUUAUUCUGUGGGCUUUCCGCCUUACGGAGAACCCUCUAGCGAAGAUUGACACGCUUGCAUUCUCGGACAGUGCAAACAUACAUGCUGCUCCAUUUGAGAUAUGUCUUGCGAAGAGGAUCGAUGAGAAUGUGGUCAGGGAACUGUGCGCACCGGGCAAAUAA